AUGUCAUUGCGACGUUACCAGCAGCAGCAGAGUUCGGUCGCCGAAUGCGUACACAACUGUAGAAUACCAGAGAAAGCGCAUCGCCAGUGCCGUAAGUCUUGUUCUGUGUCCCCUGAUUCUUCUUCGUCGUCCACCUUUCGCCACAGUCGUCACAGGACGUCUUCCUUGUGCAGUUUUCCGGCUACUACCGGCUUUCGCCACGACGAGUUGCGUAGCCCCUUCACAUACGUCCGUUCCAGAAGUCAGCAUGGACCAGGUCCACCUCCAGCGGCAGCCGCACCGGUUGCGGCCAGUGUCAUCGAGAUGGCAAUGGAGGAGACGGUGAUGACCAAUGGUCAAGCAUUCGUCGCGAGUAAUGUCUCCGCCGAACAUUGUGCAUUGGCCGGCGCAGACAGCAACCUUCCAGUCAGCGCUAAACAUUCCCGUAGCGAAUGUAGUACAUGUGAUAUUCUCAGAAACGAAAAUGCGCGCCUAAACAGCGCACUUGGCGAGCAGAACGCUCUUAGUCAGCAGGUUAUCGGUCAAUACAACAAACUGCAAGAGCAGUACAGUAAGCUGUAUGAAGCGUAUAACACCAUAAACGACCGCGUGCCAACAAACGUCAGUCACACGACUUUAAACCAAAUGGAUCAAGCGGGUGAAAUCCAGAACCAUGUUAAGGUGAUCAACGUGUUGGUGGAUGAAAAGUCGGAACUUCAGUCGCAGCUGCGGCAAACGAUGGAAAUCGCGAACGCCCAUUACGCAGAGAAAAAGUCAUUGGAGCAGAUGCUGAAAGUGGAACAGGAUCGAACCUUGGCUCUGGAGAGUGAACUCCAGCAGUUGAAGUGCAAGGACACGAACCUUGAGUCAACGUUGCAGAAGCAGUUGAUUGAACUGAACAACUGCUGCACGGAAUUGGCGCAGAAUCGUAAGAGAACCAGUGAGCUGCAACAGGAGCGCAGUGAACUGAGUGCCAAGCUGAAAAUGCGAACGCGCGAGGUGAAAGAUCUGAAUCAGAAGCUGAAGGACCUUGAAGGAAGCUACCAGGCCAGCCAGAUAUAUGUGCAGCAGAUGAAAGGUUUAACGCUCGCGACUGACAAGGAAGAGGAGAAGUACCUGACAGAACUAAAGGAGAAGAAUACCGAAAUCGAGAACCUGAAGAACGCCGUUGCCUAUUUAAAGCGCGAGUUGGCCAGCAGCCAGACGCUGCACACGUCGUUCACCCGUGAAUGGAACGACAAGAUCCUGAAGCUGAACGACAAGAUACAGCAGUUGAAUGCGGAGAAAGUAGCACAGGCGAUGUCCAUCAGUCAGCUGACAGCGAACCUGGAAACAGCGCUGUCCGAUGUGUCUCGUUUGAAACAGGAGCAACAGACGAUGCCAGCCGUUGAGCAGAAGCCAAAUUCACAGCUGGAGCGGCUGAACGAAAAGUUGCGAGAAGUUGAGGCGCAGCUGAUCGAGUCAAAAGAUAUGCGCGACUCGAUGGAGAAAGAAAUGGAUGCGUUGAAAUCUGAAGUACGAACCAAGACGGACCGACUCAAUGCCAUAUCCCAAGAGCUCUCCGAGCAUAACUUGAUCAAGAACAACACGAGAGAAUUGCUGGAGCAGCUGCGCAACGAGAAAGCCACGUCUUCGCGAGCCGUCGCUCAGAAUAUGGAACUGAAGCAACAGCUGCUGGAGUUGCAGACGAAGUUAGUUCAGACUGCGUUGAUCAACCGUCUCCAGUCGUCAAGCCGCGAAGGCAAAAAUAAGAAUUGCGAAGAGACGCUGGAGGACGAAGAUAACGAACAUAAAGCUGUCAGUCAUGACGUUUUUGUCUUGGAGCAUGAAUUGUCCGAGUGCAAGGAUCGAAUUCAGCAGCUGUCCACCGAGAACUCCGAACUUCACUGCAUAAUGGAGCAUAAUGCAGAAGAUGAAAACCAGAAUACGAUUUACGUUGAACUUCAGCACGCACUCCAUCGAAUCACCACUCUCUCACAGGAGAACGAGUCUCUGAAAAAUCAACUUAAAAGUCAAAGCGACAAACGGCAGCGACGCGACAGCAAAAAUGAGGACGAUGGGCGCGAGAACGGCGAUGCUGUCGCCAGCAACAUGUCAAAUAAUAGUUCUGAAGCGAACGAGGACAAGGAAGAGAUGCUUGUGACGUUGAAACAUUCGAUGGAACAGCUACAACAAAGGUUCGUGCGAGCCAUGUCUGAAAACGCCAACCUGUCAGAACAGAAUCAGCAGUUGGAACACCUGAUCGUCCAGCUCCAAAGCGAAACUGAUACGAUCGGUGAAUACGUCACGCUGUAUCGAUACCAGCGGAAGGUGGUCAAGGAACGACUUAGGGACCAUGAAGACUACAUCGCUCGACUGGCUCGCGAGAAGGAAAUCAUGCAGCCGUACACGAAGACCCCAGCGACUUACAACAAACCGAAGCCACUUCCACCUUCGAAACCUCCGCAGAGUGUUAACGCCCUGGUCGAAACGCUGAUCGACGAAACCGUUCAAAACGUGGAAAACGGCGAUCAGCCUGACUCCAGGAAACGUAGUUUCUCCGCGAACGCGAGUUCCCAACUGAAAAACGAAGCCAGGAUUGAGAAAGCUGAUCUGCUCCUAAAUGGAAGGAUGUCUGUCAACCGUUCGAGCAACCAGCUUGACGAUGAAAACAGUCCAACAUCGACAGUUUGCCGCAUACUUCGGUUAUUGGACGAAAUCCAAAACCCGUCCCCCUCGAACGAGUUUCACGUGUCUGACAUCCAUCUCCAUUGCAAACACUGCAAGGGCACUUUAGUCACUCUUUGA